AUGGCGUUCGGUGAUCCAAAGCAAAUUCACAUCAAAUAUGAUGACGCGGUGGUAAAAGAUAUGCUGUAUCUGCUUCAAACAACGCCGUUUCCCGACAAGGCACCUAUCGACGCGAACACGCCAUGGGAACUCGGUAUCGAAUACGAAUAUUUGAAGAAGUUGAAGCAUAUGUUUCAAACGGAAUGGAGCUGGAAAGCACUUGAGGAAAAGAUUGCAAAGUUUGACCACUACUUGGUCCACUACGAGCAUGAAGGAGACGCUUUGGACCUACAUUACGUUCAUGUUAAGAGUCCUCGAAGUGAUGCGAUUCCUUUGAUCCUCCUUCAUGGCUGGCCUGGCACUUUCUUUGAUUUCCACAAGGUCAUCGACCUAUUGGCUAACCCACCAAGCUCCGACUUGCCAGCCUUUCAUGUUGUAGUUCCAUCCAUUCCUGGGUUCUUCCUGUCGACAUUGCCAAGAAGAGAUGGCUGGAGCACAGCUGACACUGCGCGCGUUUAUAAUGGACUCAUGACGUCUGUCCUUGGUUAUUCUAAGUAUGUCGCGCAAGGCGGUGAUUGGGGCUCGCUAAUAUUGCUCAACCUGGAAGGACUGUUCCCCGAUUCAGUUAUCCUAGCGCAUUUCAACUUUCUGUUCAUACGGCCAUUUCUCGAACCUGACCAGUCAAAGUACACAGAAUUGGAGAAUCAUUUACUAAAGAGGGGAAGCCAGUGGCUUGCCUCCGGGUCCGGGUAUUUCCAGCUCCAUAGCACGAAGCCAUUCACCAUCGGAAUAGCGAUUGCCUCAUCACCGCUUGCUGUAUUAGCUUAUAUUGGCGAGAAGAUGUACAGCUGGUCGGACCCGAAACUCGUUGAUCCGCAUGAUAUCCUGAACACGGUCGCUCUUUACUACUUGAGUGGAUCCUUCGCUACGUCGGUAGUCAUCUAUAAUCAGGCUAGGAAGGGAACACCUGGAUGGAGAUCACAAGGCUCUGGAGGAAAAGUCUUGUUAAAGAACAAAUUUGGCUACUCAGUUUUCCCGUAUGAACUGGUUGUUGUUCCCAAAAUAGAGCUUAAACAAUUUGGACCGCUGGUGUUCCACAGAGAACAUUCCAGCGGCGGGCAUUUCCCUGCCCUUGACCUCCCUAACGAGUACGUCGGAGAUUUGCGUGAAUUCUUUGGAAAGCAUUGGAAUGCUCCGUGA